CCCCGCCCCGCCCCCGGCACCGGCGCUGCGAGGCCGAGACCCCUCCGGUGGCUGGGCUCCCUGGUGACCCCACGAUGGCUGGCCUCGCGCCGCGGGUCGAAUACCUGGCGGGCUUCUGCUGCCCGCUCGGGGGCCUGGCGGCGGGCAAGCCUCGCGUGCUGUGCCACGGGGCGGAGGUCUUCCUGUCCACCGGGAGCGAGCUGGUCUAUGUCUACGACCGGGAGGGGCGGCUGCUGAUCGCCGUGUACAAGUUUCCCGGUCAGGUGUGGCACCUGGAGCUCCUGGCCCUUCACAGGGCGCUCUACGUCCUGUGCGCUCGGAGCGGCAUCUAUUGCUUGUCUUUGGACCAGGCGAGCAGGUCUGUGAGCCGGGAUGACGAGGAUGACAGGGACGACCAAGACAGUGAGGAUGGGCAGGUCGAUGAGCUCCCUGCCCCUGUGAUCCCCGUGCACCCAGACACCUGUGUGCUCCCCAGUGCCACACUGCAUGCCUUCACCGUGCUCGAUGACGUGCUCAUCACCCUGGCACAGGGCCCCACCCAGUGGAAGGUGCAGGUGUUUGAGCGUCCAUGUCCAGGGGAGGACCCUAGGCCCGGAGGCCAGAUUGGAGAGGUGGAGUUGUCCACCUGCACCCCCCCAGCUGGGAGCCUGGGGGAGCCCACAGCCCCCCGCUUCCUCCCAGUGCUGUGCUGUGCGUCACCACCAGGCUCCAGGGCCCCACAUGGCCACCCGUGGGGCUCUGGGGGCGUCAUGCUGGAGGGGCCCCUCUUUGGGCUACUCUUUGGAUCCGAUGCCUCCCUCCUGGAGUCGCCCGUGAUCCUCUGCGGUCUCCCCGAUGGCCAGCUCUGCUGUGUGGUCCUCAAGACCCUGGUCACCUCCAGGUCUGCCCCUGGUGAUCCGAAGGCCCUUGUCAAGAUCCUCCAUCACCUGGAGGAGCCUGUCAUCUUCAUUGGAGCCUUGAGGACAGAGCUGCCGUCCGAGGACGUGGAGGACGCGUACUGUGACUGCCUGGUGGCACUCGGUCACCAUGGCCGGGCACUGGCCAUCAAGGCCAGCUGGGACGAGGCAGGGCAUCUGGUGCCAGAGCUGCGGGAGUACAGCCUCCCAGGGCCUGUGCUCUGUGCGGCCCGCGGCAGGGGCGGCCAUGUGUACCACAGCACCCCCUCGGACCUCUGUGUAGUGGACCUGGCUCAGGAGAGCUCCCCCUGGGACCUCACGCAGCGUGACAGGGCCCCAGGAGGCCUGCCCUCUUUGCUGUGUCCAGCCAGCUUGAGUGCCUGCAGCGUCGUCACCCUCUCUGUGUCAUCUAGGGCGCCUGAAGGGGGUGCUGAGCUCCUGGCCCUGUCUGCCAAAGGCCGGCUGAUGACCUGCAGCCUGGACCCGCACUCUGAGACGCCUCACCCCACCAGAGUGACCUCGGCGAAUGCUGGCCAAAAAAUUAAGGAGUUGCUGUCUGGAAUUGGCACUGUCUCUGAGAGAGUGUCUUCUCUGAAGAAGGCGGUUGACCAGCGGGACAAGGCCUUGACCUGCCUCAACGAAGCCAUGAACGUGAGCUGCGCCCUGCUGUCGAGCCGGGAGGGUCCUAGGCCCAUCUCCUGCACCAUCAGCACCUCCUGGAGCCGCCUGCAGCUGCAGGACAUGCUGACAGCUACGUGCCUGCUGGAGAACAGCAGUGGCUUCAGCCUGGACCGGGGCUGGGCCCUGUGCAUCCAGGUGCUCCGCAGCUCCCAGGCCUUAGACCUGGACUCGGCUGUCUCAGCCAUCACCUACACCAUCCCCGUGGACCAGCUCGGCCCUGGCGGUCAGCGUGAGGUGACGCUGCCUCUGGGCCCGGGAGAGGACGGUGCACUUGACCUGCCCGUGACCGUGUCCUGCGCGCUCUUCUACAGCCUCAGGGAGGUCGUGGGUGGGGCCCUUGCCCUCACGGACCCUUUCAAGGACCCCCCUUCGAAUGAAUGCACCCCUGACGUCCUGCCUGAGCAGGAGGGCGUGUGCCUGCCCCUGAGCGAGCACACAGUGGACAUGCUGCAGGGCCUGCGCUUCCCCGGCCUGGCUGCACCCCACACGCAGGCCCUGGGCCCACUCAGCCCUGCCAGAGACCCCGUCCACACCUUCCUGGGAACUUGCUGCGGGCCAGUCAGCCAGCCGGCAGGACCAGCGUCCCUGCGGGCCAAGUACCUGCCCCCGUCAGUGGCCACCAUCAAGGUGUCGGCAGAGCUGCUCAGGGCCACCUUAGGGGACAGUCACGCAGGCGUGUCCCUGUGUUGUGCCACCCUGCAGUGGCUCCUUGCCGAGAAUGCCGCCGCAGACAUCGUGAGGGCCCAAGCACUGUCCUCUGUCCAGGGAGUGGCCCCAGAUGGCACUGAUGUCCACCUCAUCAUCCGCGAGGUGGCCGUGACCGACCUGUGCCCAGCAGGGCCCAUCCAGGCCAUGGAGAUCCAGGUGGAGAGCUCCUCUCUGGCCAACAUGUGCAGGGCACACCACGCCAUCGUUGGGCGUUUGCAGAGGCUGGUCACGGAGCAGGCUGCCCGGGGCUCCAGCCCGCCUGACCUCCGCCUGCAGUAUCUCCACCAGAUCCAGGCCAACCAUGAGACGCUGCUGCGGGAGGUGCAGACCCUGCGGGACCGGCUGUGCACAGAGGACGAAGCCAGCUCCUGCACCACCGCCCAGAGGCUCCUGCAGGUGUACAGGCAGCUCCGCAGCCCCAGCCUCCUCCUGCUGUGAUGCCAGCAGCUGCCACGGCCUCCGCGCUCAACCUCGACACCGCUGGGCCGCCUCCCACCCAGAACGUCGGGGCUGGAUCACGGACAUCCCUCCACUCAGAAGCUGGGCCCCGGCCAUGGGGUCCAGACUCCAGAGCAGGAGCACUGUUGCCCUAGCGGCCUGCAGAGGCCGCAGAGACAGGGCUUCUGGGUUGAGCCUCGGGCGGUGUGUUUUGGUGGUUGUCGCAUUCCCACCGUGGUGCCCAGAGCCCAGGGCUGCCCCUCUUGGCAGCACCACCCGCCCACCCACAGACCUGUUGUCCAGCACUGUCCACACCUGUCCAACUGCCUCGCUCUGGGUGCCUCGGCCCCGCUUCUGUGCAGCCGCUGGGGUUACCGGGUGGGAGGGUGCUCCCUGUGACCAAAGCACAAUGACUGUGGGGGAGGGGGCAUUCCUGCAGGUGCCCUGUGGCCAAAACAACAACUUGGUGCCUCCGGCCGGGGCCACACCCAGCGCCCAGCACUGUGCAUUGUUUCCAAGGGUCCCUGGGGGCAGACAGCAGCCCUGGUGUGGCUCCGGUGCUUUUGGGGAGGGUGUCUCUCCCCCAGACUUCACACGGUGCUUUCCUGCUGUGCGUGCAGGGCCUUCGAGGCACCCUGCCUCAAAAAAUGACCCUUUCUGGUG